AUGAACUCUCUUGAGAUGGAAGGGGCCAUCCCACUCUUGAAACCUUCAAGAGGAAGCAGCUCUUCCAAUCUUUACGAAACUAGGAACGAUUCUAUGGAGAAGCUACUACAGGAUAUUGAUGACGAAACAAAGUCGAUGGCCACCACUAAUUCUGGACUUGAAAGGUCCAACUCCAAACUACGAGGCCCCAGGAUCCUGAUGAACGAAGAGGAAGAGGUAUGCAGCUUAGCUAUAGCUGAACCUGGUAACAAUAGUGAAACCGCUGAUCUUCUGGAUCUCUCCCCAUCCAAAAAAUCUGUAACAAUCGACAUCAGUCCUCCUGAAGUAUUGGAAUAUGAAUUGCAAUCCUCCGAAGAGGAAAUAGAGGAGAAGUACCUGGGUUAUUGCUCAGAUGAUGAAGCUAUCAGAGGAAAACGAUCGGAACUAAAUUGGAAACCGGUACCUUUGAAGAUCGAUACUCAGCACAUAGGCAAACCAUUACCACCCAUAGUCCCUUCGCCCUCAGAAGUUUCUCUGAAAGACGAGGCAGAUCAAGACUUAGAUGAUAGUAUAGAUGAUGCCACAAUCAAACAGAUAGUUACAAAAUCUACAAUGGAUGAAAAAAUUGAAGCGCUACUUUCAGAGCCACUUAGAGCACAAGACUUUGACCAUCAGUCUUACCUUGAGGAUGAGCGUCUGGGGCAGUUGAAAACACCAACACGGAUUCAUAAUAAUAGAUUAAAGAAGAAGAACUACGUUCAGGAGAUUCUUCUUUCCAAGAAUACCAGCACAAACGACAUGGAAGAGAAUUUGAUCGGACUUACCAAUAUCUUUGAAACCGAUGUUAGAAAUACUCCAAAUAACGGUUCUCUCAUUUUGCAAUUGAAUCGAUCUAAUAGUGUCGCUUCGCAGGCUAGUAUUAUUUCAGGGGAUAGGAAGCUGGAAACCUCCACCACUAAUAAAGUUUCAGUUCCUAUAACCCUAAGUGAUGGAAUUAAGGGCUUAUCCAACGAAAUUGUCGAACAACUGAUCCCCGAACUUCAACCAGCUGAAUUGUUUGAUCAAGAUCUUCUUGAAAGCCCUCGCACCCUAGUUGGUUCAGUGUCAAUUGGAGAAGAAGAUCUCGAUAAGGUGGAAGGUGUUGUUACAUCCGAGGUGAGUAAUGAUAUUGAAUCCUCAAUUCUACAACUACUUGACACAAACGAAGCUGAACCUGAUAACUCUCAUAACGAAGAGGAUAAAGAGUCCAAAGAUACGAAACUAAAAAAUCGCCUCGAAGAAUCAGGGUUAUCAAAACAACUCGAACAAUUAAAGGAGAUAAAGCCAGUAGAAGAAUCGGAAGAAUCAGAAGAUUCAGAGCAGUCUGAUCACUCAGCUCUUUCAAGUCAUCCCGUGGAAGAGGAAGAAGUACCAAAAGAAACAGAUCAUACUCACAGCAGAAGCCCAUCCAUCACUCAAUUUCUUUAUAAUGUCGGAAAAGGAUUCAAGGAAAUAAUCACUCCAACUUCAAGUUCUAAGAAUCUCGAUCAAUUGGCCGAGAAGAGCCCUGAAAAUAAUGAGCCCGAGCUUCAUACGAAAGAAGGAGAAGAAUUCAAACCACCCGAGGUCAUCAAAGUGGUCACCCCAAAUACAAGUAGUUUGGAAUCAUUGCAUGGGUCAGAGAUUGUUAACACGAUAGAUUAUUCUAUUUGCAAUCCUGUUACGAUUGAACACAAGUCGUCAUCAGAUGUGAGAGAGGUCAAACUUGAAGAUACAAUCUUGAAUGAGAAUGAUUCAAUUCUAGGAAAUUCAACAGGCAUAAAUAAUAUUGAUGAACCCGAACCAAUAUCACUUGAGAAUAAAGAAAGUGAUGAUAGUGAACAAACGUUAGCGUCAGUUUCUUCGCUCAAAAAGGAUGAGACUUUCGGUUUACCAGAAUUGGAACAGGAUUCCUCUUUUGGCCGAGACCUGAAAGUAUUUAUCGAAGACACAGGAGAAAAAAAAGUAUACGAUGAUGAUGAAGAGCCUCCACUAUUAAAAAAACCGAAGAAACAUUUACCCGAUGAAUAUUCACCGCAGCAAGAGGUCAUGUCAAUUUGGCAAACCCAACCAGUUGCUCAUCACGCUGUGCCGAAAACUUUCAAACCUGAUAUUCCUUCCAAGAUAUCAACUUUGAUGAACAAAAAAUUCCGAGUUUUGUCCAAUGAGAGUACAGUCGUUUACGAGGAUACACAAGUUCAAGGGACGUCGACAAGGAAUUCCAGCGGCAGUUCUGGUUACAGAUCUAUUUCAAACAACAGCUGUUUUUCUCAGUUAAGUAAUGUGUCAUUGGGUUCAGACUUUGGUUCUCAGUUUCAACAGUUCAAAUACAGAAAGGAAUCCAACACCAAUCCUGUUCCAAAACCUAACAAUAUCAGAAGACCAUCUCUUAAAGUAUCACAGAUAUGGAAUCGGGGAUCACCCUACUCUUCAAGUAACCAACUGGAUCAGUCAAUGGAAGGUAAUUUUGAGCUUCAUAGACUUAAGAAAUUGGUAUCAAACACCGAUACGGAUCAAAUUGCGUUUAGGAAAAUCCAAGUGGGAGCCAAAAAUAACCAGAAGCAAGACUUUGAUAUGAUAAGUGAAAGAGGAAGUAUAAUGUGCCUUGAUAAUUCCCUAGAAAUUGAGGAUUUCAAUACAAUGGCGCCACCUAAAGCAACUUCAGUAUUCAAUACUCAAGCAAAGAACAGUAGUUACUUACCCACUUCUUUGACUGAAGAAAUUGACAAAGAUCUAGAGUACACCAGAAAAAGAAGGGUAUCAGGCUUACUACAAUCUCCACUGUUAGCAUACGACAAUGAACUUAGAAAACAGAAUCACUUAGAAGCUUCAGCAAAUAUGAAUGUUAGAAGAACAAUAGAGAAGAACUCGCCUACAAAAUCAGUUAUAAGCAACAUGUCUAAUCAUACUAUGAAGAAACAGCUUUAUUAUCCGACCACCCCUACUUCUAGAAUGGUUGAUGAAUCAGCUCAAUUACCAUUUGUUUCGCAAAGUGCAAAAUCUAACGUCCAUACAGGUUCUUCGAAAUUUUUGAAUAGAAUCAGAGCAGAGUCUGAUGAAGUAGUCGAGCCACACACACCGAUAGUGAACUCAUACAGUCCUUCUAAAGAAGACCAGCAUUUGACAAGUGUAGUAAUACCUCAAAAGUCAACGGCGUCCAAGUUCAACAUAAAUGUUGAAAAGAAUACUAAGGUUUUAUCGACCCCCCAGUCAAGAUCUAAACCAACUUUAGCUGAAAUGAAGAGGAAAGCAAUGAGUUCUCCGAGCAAACCAAGACCUUUGUCUGCUGAUCUUGUAAGUGGAGAAAGAGGACGCUUUUUUCUCAAUAUAAAAGGAAUUAAGGACAUUGAACUUCCCGAACUACAGGAGCAUAAUGCUACUUUUACCAUGACUUUGGAUAAUACCAUUCACACCAUCAAAACACCCCCAAGUUCUCUUUUGGAGGGAUCUAUUGAUCAGGAGUUUGAGUUCAUUGUGCCCUCGUCACCUCUUGAAGUAUUUCUAACAUUCAAACUUGAGUAUACGAAGCAAAAAGAAAUCCUUACUGAAGUGACUGAAACAAAACUCGUCAAAUCGGGCAACUUUUUUGGGCGACUUUUUGGUUUCAAGCAUAAGAUCACCACAACUAAGGUUGUUCCCAAAAAAACUAAAGCCGACUCAUGGGAGCACAAAGUUGCCAUUGACGGAUCAUUCGCAAAAGGUUAUAUCAGUUUUCAAGAUUAUGAAACUUCAACAUGUGGAAAACUGAGAGCAUUCACGUUGAACUUGUUUAAUGAGUGGGAAACGUAUAAAGACAUUGGAGUUCAAGAGAGAAAAAGAAAAAAGCCGUACUGUAUUGCCAAGCUUGAAAUGGAAAUGCUUUUUAUUCCAAGAACUAAUGUUUACGAAAUAAUUCCUCCAAGCAUUGAAUCGGCUCAAGAACAAAUCAGGCAAUACAACCAAAUCCAUGAUGCUUUCCAUGAGGGCUUCCUGUACCAAGAAGGAGGAGACUCACCCAUCUGGACCAGAAGAUUCUUUAAAUUGGAAGGUUCGGACCUGAUCGCUCAUACUGAGACUAGUAAGAAACCCCGAGCCAGAAUAAAUCUUCGUCGAGUUACCGAUAUUUCUUAUCCCGGCAAAGUUUAUGAAGGAGCUGAGUCGGAGAAGAGAGUAUUCAGUGACUCCCUGGUUUUGAAUGAUGGUUUCAAGUUAGUCUUUAUUGAUGGAGAGGUAAUUUAUUUUGGAGCUGAUUCUAAAGCUGAAAGGGAUAUCUGGGUGGAUAAAUUGGAGUUUGCAUUAGCAAGACACAGAUUUGGCUUACAACCUUGGGUGAAGCUAAUGUCACAACAAUCCCAUGAUUGA